UGUGGAAGUUGAUUGUAUUCAACAGUUAACGUUAGACAAGUGACGUGGAGUACCAUGGAUAUGAUAAGAGAAGUAAAUACUUCAUAAACCAGCAGAUGAGUCGCGACUACAUGAUUGAAUAUGUUACGUUAGCGGUCUCAAUACCGGUUGAGUCACUAUUUCAGAUUCAACUUUCUCGAAACAAGUUUUUUUUUCCAAGAGUUAAAGACACAGCUGCUAAGUUAGCCCUUUAGCUAGCAGGAACAGCCUCAGCCGCGUCGGUAACGUUAGCUAUCUGAAGUCAGCGUUAUGCAAGUCAAUCAUUGUAUCAUCACCGGAGCUACAGCGUUAAAAGCACGAACCAGGACUUUGACUAAUCGCCCUUAAUGUGCUACAAUUUAGAGAAGCCGCAUUAGUUAGCUUGCUAAGAUUAGCCCCGUCGGCUCACCGUCAGCAGGUAGGUGAACUAUCCGAGCUGUCAACAUGAGCUCUCUGCUCCGCGGUGAGGAGAUGUGUCUGGCUCAACUGUUCCUACAGUCCGGGUCAGCGUACGACUGCAUCAGUGAACUGGGAGAGCUGGGGCUCGUGGAGUUCAGAGACCUCAAUCCCAGUGUUAACGCCUUCCAGCGGAAACAUGUCAACGAGAUUAAAAAAUGUGAAGAGAUGGAGAGGAUCCUGGGAUACCUUCUGAGGGAAGUCAAGAAAGCAGACAUCUCACUGCCAGAAGGAGAUGUGAACCCAAUGGCUCCUUUACCCAAGCAUGUCAUGGCUAUAAUGGAGCAGCUGCAGAGGCUAGAAUUAGAGUUAGGAGAAGUCACCAGGAACAAAGAGAAGCUGCAGAGGAAUCUGCUGGAGCUGACCGAGUACACACACAUGCUGCGCAUCAGCCGCAACUUUGUACAGAAAUCAUCAGAGCGAGAGCCCCUACGAGUUCAGUACGAGGAGUUUCCCUUCCUGGAAAAAGACACAAUGAUGGACUACAGCAGCAUGCAGAGGCUCGGAGCCAGACUUGGUUUCAUUUCUGGGCUCAUCAAGAGGACAAAGAUCGGGGCCUUUGAGCGGAUGCUGUGGCGAGUGUGUAAAGGCUACACCAUCCUCAGCUACGCUGAGGUGGACGAGUAUUUGGAAGAUCCUGAUACGAGGGAGCUGACCAAGACUGUGGUGUUCUUAAUCUCCUACUGGGGAGACCAGGUCGGUCAGAAAGUGAAGAAGAUCUGUGACUGCUACCACUGUCACGUGUAUCCUUAUCCCAGUAGCAAUGAGGAGAGGAAUGAUGUUGUGGAAGGACUAAGAACUCGCAUUCAGGACCUGCACACAGUACUUCACAGGACAGAGGACUACCUGAAACAGGUCUUGAUUAAGGCCUCAGAAUCCAUCUACACCUGGGUCCUCCAGGUCAAGAAGAUGAAGGCCAUCUACUAUAUUCUCAAUCUGUGUAGUUUUGAUGUUACCAACAAGUGUCUGAUCGCUGAGGUUUGGUGUCCUGUCGAUGACAUCCCCACGCUGCGGAGAGCCCUAGAAGAAGGAUCGAGAAAAAGCGGAGCGACUGUUCCCUCCUUUGUCAAUCGCAUCCCCACCAAUGACACUCCCCCCACUCUGAUAAAGACCAACAAACUAACCUCUGGCUUCCAGAACAUUGUGGACGCUUAUGGAGUGGGCAAUUACAGAGAGGUUAACCCUGCUCCUUUCACAAUCAUCACUUUCCCGUUCCUGUUCGCUGUGAUGUUUGGGGAUCUGGGUCAUGGCGUCAUCAUGGCUCUGUUUGCUCUCUGGAUGGUGCUGUACGAGAACAACCGCAAACUUAAAAACACCAGGAACGAGAUCUGGAACACGUUCUUUGAGGGGCGUUAUAUCAUCCUGUUGAUGGGCCUGUUCUCCAUCUACACCGGCCUUAUAUACAAUGACUGUUUCUCAAAGUCCCUGAACAUCUUUGGUUCCGGAUGGAAUGUGUCGGCCAUGUUCAGAGCCGAGGUGUGGAAGAAUGGUGAUAUCGGUGGGAACCGUUUUCUCACUCUGGAUCCAAAUGUCACGGGAGUUUUCAACGGACCGUAUCCUCUGGGCAUUGACCCGAUUUGGAACUUGGCAACCAACCGCCUUACAUUUCUCAACUCCUAUAAGAUGAAGAUGUCAGUGAUAUUGGGCGUCAUACACAUGAGCUUCGGGGUCAUCCUCAGCACUUAUAAUCACUUGCACUUUAGGAAGAAGCACAACCUGUACUUGGUGUUUCUCCCCGAGCUUCUGUUCCUGCUGUGUCUGUUUGGCUAUCUGGUGUUUAUGAUCAUCUACAAGUGGCUGGUCUUCACUGCGAAGGACUCCAGACAUGCUCCAAGCAUCCUCAUCCACUUCAUCAACAUGUUCCUCAUGCAGGGUGAUGCAUUGCAGCCCCUCUAUCCGGGGCAGACUGGCCUGCAGGUAUUUCUGGUGGUCAUUGCGGUUCUCUCCGUGCCCGUGUUGCUCCUGGGGAAACCCGUCUACCUUCAUUGGCUUCGCAAUGGAAACCACCGCCCAGGAAUGUACAGGGGAUACGAGCGUGUGCGGCGUAACAGUGAAGAGGAGCUGUACCUGAUGAGGGCUCAGGACAUGGAGGAGGGCAGCAGUCAUAGCGAUCUCUCCACGAGUGGAGAGCGCCAGACAGAGGAGUUUGACUUUGCCGAUGAGCUGCUGCAUCAGGCCAUCCACACCAUAGAGUAUUGUCUGGGUUGCGUCUCCAACACAGCCUCCUACCUGAGGCUCUGGGCUCUGAGUCUGGCACAUGCCCAGCUAUCAGAGGUGCUGUGGGCCAUGGUGAUGCGAGUAGCACUACGAAUGGACACCCGUCUCGGAGUUUUAUUCCUGGUGCCUGUGUUUGGCCUGUUUGCCGUUCUUACUGUUACCAUCCUCUUGGUGAUGGAGGGUCUGUCUGCAUUCCUUCAUGCUCUCCGGCUGCACUGGGUGGAGUUUCAGAAUAAAUUCUACAGUGGGACUGGAGUGAAGUUUUGCCCCUUUUCCUUCUCUCUCUUGCCCUCCAGCUUUGAGCAGCAUGGCUUACUGUGAAGGGACUAUCUGACGAUAGUGGUAGGUGGUAAACCGAGCAAAAAGGCCUGUGCUGAUAAAGACACAUUCUAGAGAAGUCAUGAGGAGAUUAUGAUUCUUCUUGUCAUCUUUUUAUAAUGUGUUAUGUUAAGAAAUUCUAUAGUUGGCUUCACAGACUUGGACUGGACUGAAAGGCACUGCCCUCCCAACAGUUUAAAACAUGCAGACACUAGAGUGUACUGUUGAGAAAUGUUUUCUUAUUGCUCAUGUAUGUAACCUUGAUCAGUUUGCACUCAUUUACAUUUUCACUGCAGGUUGAAAUGUGAGGUUCCAAAUCAAAGUGUACCCCAUAUCCCUAAAACCUUCAAUUUUCUAAUGAAGCAUUAUUGGUAACAGUUGUUGAUGUUGAUUGUUUGGAAAACCACAUCUGCCAAACUUCAAAUAAUUAAGUAAAAGAAACAUUAUUUUAGUAUAAGGUAAGUUAGGAGUAAUAACAUCCACAUUUUUAAGAAAAAAAAUAUAUUAUUGUAUUUCCUGAUCUGGUUUUCAUAUAGUGGGCCACCUGCUCUUGCUCAACCUUUUGUUGCACGGAGUGCCUUACAGAAGUACAACCAAAUGACAACAUACUGUCUCUUUUCUGUCUCCCUGUGUGGUAACAAAACAGUGCUGAGGAUCUUGACUUGUUAGUAUUGAAAAGUGCUCGGGCAGGAUUGUGAUGUGUAUAUACUUUUACAGAAUUAUUUUUUAAUUUAUUGUAUUUUAAAGAUGUAUCAGAAUUAAAAAUGAAUGUUGAUGGGGAUAUGAUUUUUACUUGUAUGCAUUCACAGUGCUGCCUAUGCAUCUGUCACUUACUGACCAAUGUAACAUUCCACUCAUUUGUUGACUCACCUCUGCUGGCGGGAGCCUUUACUUUGAAAGAUUCUUUAUUUAUAAGUAACGCCAUGCCCAGGCUGUAUUAAAUCGUAUACAAUAUGUUACACAAUGCCAGUCAAUGUUUUAUUAGGGCGAGUAACAGUUGAUCAGUAAUUAUUUUCCUAAGUAGUUAACUUUAAAAUGUUGUAUGGGUUGGUUGAAGGGGUAUUGUGCUUUCUUCUAAUGCAGCCCUAAACUCAGCAUUCGUUUUAAUAUGAAGAAUCAUCUCUUUUCAUUGACACACACUCAUGUUCCAAUUCUUUUGAGAAAACCAUUGUCAUGUCAAUAAUAAAUUGGAUUUGUUUGAGUUAUA